AUGAAGAGUGGAGAUGAUGGAGGAGUAAGCCUGUUUCUGAAUGCCGAUUCCUUCUCCUCUGCUUUCAGUGUGCGCCUCGAGAGGCGUUGCCUUCAGGAGCCUCGUGCGGGAUGUGGAGAUGCUUAUCGCAGGCCGCGCGCGAGGUCGCACGUCGGGGGCGGGGCCGGCGCGUACGCCACGCUUUCACACACGGACGCGUCGGAGGCUGACCGACGCGACGCCGGACCGCAAAAGCAUUCUAGUAGGUAG